UUUGUAUUUGUAUACGUAUAUGUGUUGUUCUAAUUUCAGGGUCGAAUCUGACAAUUAUGAAAGGUUUGGGGCAAAUCUGAAACAUUUCCCGGAUUUUGUACUGAACGAGUCAGGGAUAGAUUUGAGAGAGAUGGAUUCCGAACAGGAGAGGGAGAUGGUGCCUCUGAGCCGGCGACCGGAGUGGUCGGACGUUGUUCCGCUGUCUCAGGACGAUGGUCCAAAUCCGGUGGUUCCGAUCGCCUACAAGGAAGAGUUCAGGGAGACGAUGGAUUACUUUCGCGCGGUUUAUUUCUCCGACGAGCGAUCUCCUCGUGCCCUCAGACUUACUGAAGAAGCCCUCCGAUUGAACUCCGGAAACUACACGGUGUGGCAUUUCAGGCGCCUGAUUCUUGAGGCUCUUAAUCAGGACUUGUAUGAGGAACUCAGUUUUAUCGAGAGCAUCGCGGAGAGCAACUCCAAAAACUAUCAGUUGUGGCAUCAUAGACGAUGGGUUGCGGAGAAAUUGGGUCCUGAUGUUGCAGCCAAAGAACUCGACUUUACUCGUAGGGUUCUUUCGGUUGAUGCGAAGCAUUAUCAUGCAUGGUCCCAUAGACAGUGGGCACUCCAGGCAUUGGGUGGAUGGGAAGAUGAGCUCGAUUACUGUCAUGAGCUCCUAGAAAGUGACGUCUUUAACAAUUCCGCAUGGAAUCAGAGAUAUUUCGUUAUUACUAUAUCUCCAUUGCUGGGAGGAAUAGAAGCCAUGAGAGAGACUGAGGUAAGCUACACCAUCAACGCCAUUUUAGCCAGCCCUGCAAACGAGAGCUCAUGGAGGUACCUAAAAGGCCUUUACAAAGACAACACACAGUCUUGGAUCAGUGAUCCCGAUGUUUCUUCGGUCUGUUUAGAAGUUCUUCGCACCAAUUGCUUUCACGGGUUUGCUCUGAGCACCCUCUUGGACCUUCUCUGCCAUGGCUUUCAACCGACUGAUGAGUUAAGAGAGGCUGUGAGUGCCCUUGAUAACAGAGGCUCGGAUUCAUCUGAUCCGGACUUGGCCAAAUCGGUCUGUACCAUACUCGGCCGUGUAGAUCCGAUACGAGCCAAGUAUUGGGCAUGGAGGAAGAGCAAGAUCCCAGUGAUAGUGUAAUAACCAGCAUUCAAUACUUGGAACAUGGAUUUCUGUAUGGAGUUCUUGUUUCUGAAUCAUAUGAAGAUAUGUACACACGACAACAGAAUGUAACUUUCUUGUUCUUAAAUUAGUUGAAUGUUUGAUGAACUUGCU